AUGAAAGGAGUGCCAGAGGCCAAUCAUGCGGAGAAGCUCAAAGGCUUCAAGUGGAAGGCGGAAGAGGAAACUUCUCGUGGAUAUGUACUGUGUGUCUUCACAAACGUCCUGUCACCCAAAUUUGGUGGAGCUGAACAGAAUGGAAGUACCGCUCAGGAAGUACAUGCUUCUGGAAGUACUGCUCGAAAAGAGGCGGGGUCGUGUAAAUUGCACUGA